AUGUUCAAUCGCAUUCUACAGGCAGUAGGAAUGGCGUCUAUUCCGUCUCACACGAAGCCAAGGAAGGGCUCUAAGGAGUCCGAGUUCGACAACUCCGGAGAUGGGCCCCUCCUCGUCCCUGGAUUCAACGGCAUCAUCGUGAAUCGCGAGCUGGAGGGGCGGAAUGUGCGCUUCACUCAUGGCGUCAACGAAUGGGGUGCGGAUCGCCUGACCGUCCGCGAAGUGGCCAUGCUCCAGCUGAUGGACGCCAUCACCGACAAGCCGAGCUGGCAUGUCAAGAUCUUCAAUGAGGAGAUUGUCAAGAAGUGGCACGAUGAGGCCACUGCCAAGCCACUCAUCAGCGAGAAGGCGUGGGAGUGGGUCGUCGCUGAGCUCCGCGACAAGGCCCGUGACUUUGAGAAGACGGGCAAGGUCUUCACCUACGACACCGGCAGCAGAAUCGUCAAGGCUGACUCGGUUGUCACUGAGGAACUCCGGGAAGAACUUAUUGGGGGUGUCAAGUCGCUUCUGGAAGUUCCCGAGGACCAGAAAGACUACCAUCCCGGGUCCAACAACCAGGUGCUCAAUCUGGUUCACCCCUCGCUCUUUCCACUUGUGUAUGGCAGGUCACGGGUGUUGUCCAAGGGCGGCCGUACAGACAUCAAGGAUGUUGUUGCGUCUUGCGGUCUGGGCCAGGUGGCGGAGGUGACUGGGCCUGAGUCGCAGACCUGGUCACGUCGUUUCCAAUGGCUUCCAUGCGAAGUGGCCUUUUCCGGAGAGAAAGGGACCACUGACGUUGAGAUCACGUCAUAUAUCAACAACCUGCACCCUGCCAAGCAUCAAGGUCUCUAUCAUACCAUUGAGAAGCUUCUCAAGCUCUCGAUCCCCCUGUGGAAUGACGUUCUCAUCAAAGAUAACCACGGCCGCACACCUCUGCGCAUCGAGACCUUUGGCGGUGAGGUAGAACCUGAGUCACCGGAGUGGGUCGAGUCAGUACACUUGCCAAAGAGUGUCAAGGAUAAGGAUUUCCCAGAGUUCUUCGAGAAGGUGCGAGCGUAUCUAUCCCUUCCUGAUCGUCCAGGUUAUGUCGCAGAUCCCGACGACGAAGAUGAAGAUGAGGACUCAGACGAGGACCAAGACGACAACGAGGAGGUAGACUUGGAGGCUCAGAGCAGCGAUGAACGGACUCAGGCUGAACAAGUGGGUGACCAACUUCUACGUCGAUUGACGAGGAUGAGCGAGGAUCCAAACACAAACAAAUACGAGUUCAUCGGGACUAUCCAUGAAGUAAUCGACCGUAAGUGGAAGCGCAUUCGACAAAUUGUUCAUCCUGAGCCUGGAACCGCCGUGACCUACGAGCAAUGGAAGCAGGGUCUGCAGGCCUCUAUCGUCCCUAAAUCGGAGUGGUCUCGGACAGAGGAGGAGAAGACUAAGCAAUUCCAACAAUUCCGUUUCUACGAUGUUAACAUUCACGAUGAUUUCCGCGAGUCCGGGCUUCAGAUUAUUGUUAAACUGGCGUCGAUUGAACUCACUCCAGAAAGACCAGAUUAUGAAGGUGGUAACUGGCAUGUCGAGGGCAUGCAAAACGAGCACAUCGUCGCCACGGCCAUCUACUAUUAUGAUGUGGACAACGUCACGGACGCCCGGUUGGCUUUCCGCCAAGAGGCGAAACUGGAUGACAUGAGCCUCGUCUACGAACAAGACGAGCACGAGCCCCUUGAAGUUGUCUUCGGCACAAACAGCAUGCGCGACGAGCCCGCAGUCCAGGAGCUUGGCAGCGUCACUACACCGCAGGGGCGUCUUCUAGCGUUCCCCAAUACCCUCCAGCACCGCGUCGGCAACUUCAGUCUUGCCGACAAGACGAAGCCCGGCCAUCGUCGUUUCAUCGUGCUCUGGCUUGUGGAUCCUCAUUACCGGGUCUGCUCAACAAGAAACGUGCCGAUACAGAGACAUGACUGGUGGGCUGAAGAGAGGCUGGACACGUUCGACUUUGGCAAGUUGCCUGCGGAGAUGGUGAACAUGGUCAGAGAUAAUGUCGAGGAUUGGCCGAUGGGCUUGGAAGAAGCGAAGAAGCUUCGACUCGACCUGAUGCAAGAAAGGACUCGCAUGACAAGUGCAGUGGAACAGGGGUUUGAAGAGUACAAUCUGUGCGAGCAUUGA